AUGCCUAGAUACAUCUACCUCCUACACGCAAAUGACGAAUCCGAGUCGGACAUAACGCCAACGCACGAGAAGACUGAAAUCCUCACCAAGAUGCUUGAGUACAAUAAAGCCCUUUCCGAGGCUGGACUCUUCUUCUUCGCUGACGGAUUCCGGUCAUCCAACGAAGGUGCGCGGGUGAUUUUCUCCGACUCCAAGACUACGAAUGUGCAGAACGGGCCUUUCGAUCGAGAAGGCCUGAUCCGUGGGUUCUGGGUCGUCAGGGCGAAAGAUCUGGACGAGGCCGUGGCAUGGGCUAAGAAGGUGCCGGUCGAGGACACAGUGAUCGAGGUCAGAAGAUUGGGGGAGAUUGAGGACUUUCAGGAUGCGAUGACGGAGGACUUGAAGCGCCAGUUUGAGGGGGUGGGUGCUAAGGCGGCUGAGAAUGCGAAGGCUGCUUGA